GUCGAUUCAUCCAAGCGAGUUGAGCAAUAGCAGUGAGAUUUACAGUGAUUUCAGUUCGUGUUUGUUCGUGAGACUGUGAGAGACAAGAGAAGAUGGCCUCCAACCAGAACCAAGCGAGCUACGCGGCCGGCGAGACAAAGGCCCGCACCGAGGAGAAGACCGGGCAGAUGGUGGGCACCACCAAGGACAAGGCGGGGCAGGCCACGGAGACCACGAAGCAGAAGGCCGGCGAGGCCAAGGACAAGACGGCCCAGACGGCGCAGGCCGCCAAGGACCGCGCCGCCGAGAGCAAGGACCAGACCGGCAGCUACCUCGGCGAGAAGACGGAGGCGGCCAAGCAGAAGGCGUCGGAGACGGCGCAGUACGCGCAGGAGAGGUCCUCCGACGCCGCGCAGUACACCAAGGAUUCCGCCGUCGCCGGCAAGGACAAGACCGGGAGCGUGCUCCAGCAGGCCGGCCAGACGGUGGUGAGCGCCGUGGUCGGCGCCAAGGACGCGGUGGCGAACACCCUGGGCAUGGGCGGUGACACCACCACCAAGGACACCACCACCACCAGGAAUCACUAGACGCAUGCGUUGGCGCUUGAUUUGCUUUGCUUUAGUCGUGUUUGCUCGUUCGCGGGCCUUCUACAUAUCUGUAAGUUGUAUGUGAUCGAAUUUCUUCUAUCACGGAAUCAUUGAAACUUCAAAAUCCGUUGUUGCCGGACCAACUGGCUCAUAUGGUGAGGUUCCCUCUGGAGGAGCCAACCCACUCCAGUUCUCGGUGCUUGUAUUCUUCUGAAUUUAUUUCAGGUUUUUUAUGAUUGGACGUUGC